AUGGCAUUCCUCUUUAAAUCGAAGAAACACCAGCAGGGGUCUGGCCUACCUCCAGCGGCAAGAAAUGUGCAUACUUCAGAAGGGGCUACCGCAAACCCACCAGCGGCUGCGCCCAACGGCGCGAAAGAAAGGGAUGGAGGACAUUCCCAAACGCCGACACCUAGCAGCAGCUACAACAACUCUUUGAAUUCAGUGAACGGCACAAACAGCCCCGAUCACCCCCGUGCGCGACAAAGAGCUGAAUCCGAAUCGCAGACUCAACGACCCCAACAAGCGAUGCAGAAUACCUCUCCGAGCAAUAGCCCAGGUGCAUCAUUGUACCCGUGGUCGCAGCGACGGAUGAACUUUUCCUCUUCCCAGACGAACCCUUUCCCUCGUUACGGAGCAGCGAUCAAUGCGGUGGCGUCAAAGGAGGGCGAUAUCUACAUGAUGGGUGGGCUAAUAGAUGGGUCAACGGUCAAGGGAGAUUUGUGGGUGAUGGAAAGCAGUGGCGGAAACCUGUCCUGUCUCCCAAUUGCUACGGUCUCUGAAGGACCAGGUCCGCGAGUCGGCCACGCGAGCUUGCUUGUCGGUAACGCAUUCAUCGUAUUUGGAGGUGAUACCAAGGUGGACGAGGCCGACACAUUGGACGACACCCUUUAUCUCUUGAACACAUCUUCGCGUCAAUGGUCGCGAUCCAUUCCUCCAGGUCCCCGACCCGCCGGACGUUACGGUCACACUCUCAACAUACUUGGUUCUAGGCUCUAUGUUUUCGGUGGGCAGGUUGAAGGUUACUUCUUCAACGAUCUAGUAGCCUUUGACCUCAAUCAGCUGCAGAACCCCAUGAACAAGUGGGAGUUUCUGAUCCGGAACAGCCACGAAGGCGGCCCACCCCCUGGUCAGAUCCCUCCCGCCAGAACAAAUCAUUCAAUGGUGAGCUUUAACGACAAGUUGUACCUGUUUGGAGGUACAAAUGGCCUGCAGUGGUUCAACGAUGUUUGGUCCUACGACCCUCGUGCCAAUAGCUGGUCCCAACUUGAUUGCGUUGGCUUCAUCCCGACACCCCGGGAAGGCCACGCCGCGGCUCUCGUCAAUGACGUUAUGUAUAUAUUCGGAGGUCGGACGGAUGAAGGUAUCGACUUAGGGGAUUUGGCCGCAUUCCGCAUUACGACACGACGAUGGUACUCCUUCCAGAACAUGGGACCCGCGCCCUCUCCAAGGUCCGGUCAUAGCAUGACGGCAUUCGGUAAACAAAUCAUCGUCCUGGCGGGUGAGCCGAGCUCUGCCCCAAGAGAUCCCGUGGAACUUAGCAUGGCGUACAUCCUUGAUACUGCCAAGAUUCGAUACCCGGCUGAGAACCAGAAUGGCGAGAGAGCCCCGACUCAAGCAAUGCGAAAGAUGAGUGGAGAUCGGGCAAUGGCACAAACUGGCCGGACCUCUCGGGAAUCGCAGAACCAGCCUCCUGACGCGCAACGACGUGGGCCCGGGCAGACACGGGACAGUAUGAUGACGAGUCCUACUGGUAGGCCAGGGCCAGGGGAUACUGGCCCUACCCCAGGGCCGGGGUCUCGACUGCCCAGAGCAUCGAUAGCGCAGGCCCCUGCCGGGCCUCCCCCGCCCGGUCAAGCCCCAACCCCUGGUCCAAGGGGCAACACCCCUCAGCAUGCCAUGAACCCCCGAAGCAAAACGCCCACGAAAACCGACCGUAGCUAUGGGGGCCCUCCGGUGGAUAUUGCCAAGGCCAUGGGACCUGAUAGAGAUAGGGACUCCCCGGCUGCGAGAGACUCUCCAGCCGCGAGAGAAUCCCCAGCUGCGAGGGACUCACCCAAAGAAAAUCGACCAAUGCAGGAAUCGAGCGCUGGGUCGGGCGGUAGCCGUACGCCAACCCAACAACAGUCAAGACUGUCUGCGAAGGCUAUGGAAGCUGGCGAGGCAGCUCCCCUCAUAAGCGCACCGACUAGACAGCGGUCUUUGCGUCAGCACCGACAACGCAGCUCCAUAGACAGUGCCGACGAGUCCAUACUCGGUAGAAAUGCUAGUAUCGACGGUUCGGCGGAGUCGAGGAGUUACAGGAACUCAAAAUCGGGAGAUGAACCACGGUCGCCCAGAUUGACUCCCCACCAGGAAGCACUAAUCAAAGAACUGGAAUCCGUGAAAAGCCGCAAUGCCUGGUAUGCAUCCGAGCUUGCCUUAGCCAAGAAGGCCGGAUAUUCCCCCAACCCCGCAAACAACGGUGGCCUGGAUGAGCGUGCAGCGGAUGCAUUUGCGGACGAGGAUCGCCCAUUGAUUGAGGCGUUCCUUGCGAUGAGAGCCGAAUUGGCGAAAAUGCAGGCGACUGUCGAUCGCCAAGCAGCCAUAGCGUCUAAGCGUGUUGCAGAGGUCGAGCACCAGAGGGAUGUUGCUGUUAAUGAGGCAGCUUACUCUCGUGCCAAGUUGGCUGCCCAUGGUGGAAGCCAUAGGGGCACUCCACAACCAGAUGGACACACCCAGGACUCUGACGAGGCGACCGCAGAGCGUGGUACAGACAUAACCCGAAGGUUGGCUCUGGCCCUCGCAUCCCAGAAUGAGCUCAAGUCUAAGCUGGAGGUGGUUUCCACCGAACUCGACCAGGAAAAGAGAGGCCGGGAACUGGCGGAGGAAACAUGUGAAGCCACCAGGAGGCGACUGGCUGAGCUUGAAAUGCAUAAUAGCAAGUUGGAGGCCGAAAGUCUUCGGGCGGAGCUCCAUCAGCUGGAGGCCUCUGUCAGGGAAGAGUCCUUGUUGCGAUCCGAGGCCGAGUCGGCCGUAAAGCAAUUGUCCCUGGACAAGGAGGAACUUCUGCAGAAGCUUGACGAGUCUACCUCCCGCCUAAGAGACUAUGGAAAUAAUCUCGGCAGCCUGCGGGAAGCCGUUACCGCCUCAUCCGACAAGUCUCUUCUUCUAGAAAGGCAACUGGAUGAGGAACGUGAGCGGCGUGAAGGCUUGGAAAGAAAGCUCCUACAGUUGCGGUCGGAGCACGAAGAACGGUCAUCUGAGUUGGAGAACGCUACUCGUCGCCUGCGAGAUGCAGAGGAGCUCAUCCAAAGUCAUUCGAGGGAAGCAGAGACUCACAAGAACGCAUUCCUAUCCGGUCUAGAUCGCGCAUCGUCCUUUGACUCUGAUAUGUCCUUGCGCUCCUUGUCAGAUCAACGGGUGACUGCCUUGGAGACUCAGGUUGAAAGGGCGAACCAAUUAGCGAAGACAAGCCAGGCUGCUGCAGACGAGGCGGCAGACAAACUUCGCCGCGCGGAGGAGAGGAUCGCCGGGCUGGAAGCCUACCAGGAACAGGCCAGCAGGGAAGGGUUGCAACUCCGCAGACAACUCCAGGCAGCCAUGAAGGAAAGCCAGGGCCACUCUGCUGAGAACAGAGACUUGAAGUCACAAAUUGAAAACCACCAACGCGAGGCCGGUGCACUCGCUGUCCAGCAUGCUGCUCUGAAGGACCUCCUGGGAGAACGUGGUGUCAAUUACGCCGAUAGCCGACGCUCACCCCUUGAGUCACCUGGCUCUCGUUUCGGAACUCCCGAACAAGGUCGGCUCCGCGAAUUAGAACAACAGCUUACGACUAGCCUGAAGGCCCAUGAAGAAUUGAAGGCAUCUUUCGAGACUCGUGAGCAGGAGGCAGACCGCGCAUACCGAGAGAAGCUCGAACAGCUAGAAAACGAUUACCAGUCGGCUGUUCACUACGUCAAAGGUACUGAGAAGAUGUUGAAGCGUAUGAAGGACGAACUUGCCCGAUACAAGUCCCAGAACGUCAAGCUGCAGUCCGAACUAGACGCAGCACAGAAGGCUCUGGCCGAGUCGCCUACCGGAUCUUCCGAAGCUCCCGCCGAACUCGAAAGAUCGAUUUCUGACCUCCAAGACGACACCGCAGCCUCGAUUGCAAAUCUCGAAAAGGCUGCCGCCGCCGACGCUGACAAGAAUAAGACUCAAUCUCAACUCGAGCGUAAGAGCCGCUCUGAACUGGAGCAGCUUAAGCAGGAAAAUGCCUUGCUUGAGAGUCGUGCUUCCGAUGCCGAGCAAAAGGUGGAGGCAUCAGUCGGGCAUUACCGUAUUAAUGGCAUCUCCCGCACCCACAGUAAUGCCUCGAGUAACACAAUCGCCGAUAGUGCCGUGUCCCAAGACGACUCUUUCCCGGACAACCGAAAUUCAAUGGCUUUGGACUCGCUCGCAAACGAGCUGGAAGCCCUGCGUACCCACUGGGAGAGCACCAACCGCAACUAUCGGUUGAGCACACAGUCCGACUUCGAUCGCACCCCAACCAAAGAGACCGGACUGAGCGACAGCCUAGCCGACUCCACGGAGAAGAUCCAGCCUCGCCACUCCGGCACCAAUUUCGCAACGGCCAACAUGAUCUGA